AUGCGCAGACCUGACAGGAUCACUGGUACAGCAAGAAUGGUCUUGAAUUAUCUCCUAAUCGGCUCUCGUUGGCCUCGCCAACUCUGCGCUGGACCUACUGAACCGCCGCCUCCUGCACCGGAAAGUAUUGUCAUCUCCAAGCUGCCUCUACCACCGAAAGUUCUCAACGACACCGAAGGUUCUUGUAGCACGGCUAUCAAUCCUCGCGGCACAGGCUGCAUGCUCACAUCCGGCGGGCUGCAAGGACUCCAAGCUGGUAACUUCCUACCCGACGACAACCAUGUGAUAGCCACGAUCAGAUUCGCAGGUGCACCAGCCGCACCAGAUCCAGCGAGUAUCUACACUGGCUUGCAAAUUAUCGUCGUCAAGGCCGAUGGGUCCACGUUCCCCAACGGAGACGCAUGGAAGUGCCUGACCUGUGGUGUCUCCGAGGAGAACGAUCACACAAUCACUACUUCAUCACGGGACUACUCUUACCCUCAGGCGUUCGCCGACAGUAAGCGCGCACUAGCCGGUCCAUACAUCAUCGAGUGUGAUGGACAGAAUCUUCCAAGCUCGUCAUGUACCGCAAACAGGACUUCAAUCUACUCUAUCCGCUUUGGAAACACCACAGAUGGAUCAGGUCCUGGCAAGGCGAUCCGUGAGCUCCGGCUACACCCGGAUCAAGUACAUCUGGGCUUCAACUCUUUCGACUACUUAUCCGGGAAGCUAGGACAAUUUGCUUACAUCGGACGCCUGGUGUUCAAUCCUGCAUCGAAGACUGGUGUGCCGCUGGAACCUCGCUAUGAUCUCGUCGAUGUCAAUGUCCUUUUCGAUCCAGCAGCGAAGCCUCCGAUCUACGCCAAUGGAAGCGAGCUCCAUUUCAAUCCUGAUGCCAUCACUGUGGGAGAGCUUCGAGGCUUUAGCGGGACCGGAAGGGAAGUGACUUACAUUGGCCAUCCCACGGAAUCAUGCAACAUCGAUGUUUAUGCAGCAGAUUUGUAUGCCGGUAAAGUGCGCCACCUCGCAAGUCAUCCUGGAUACGUCGAUCCAAUGCAGAUGUCUCCAGAUGAUGGCUCGAUCGUGAUCAUGGACACUCGAGGCAGCGGCCGAACUGAAUUCAUGGAUCGCCAGACACCUUGCUACAACUCCACGGAACCCGGCGGCCGGACAGAGCGCAUACUGAUCGCGCGUUUGACUGAUAGCUCUCCUUUGCCCAAGCGUAACGUCACGACCAUCCCGGACACAAUACCGUGGGCAACGAGCAUCCAUGCCGUCAACGUGCAAUACGACGACUUCUCUGAUGACGGGCUGGGGACGAUCACCGGCUGGCAGAAAAUCUCCGUCACCAUCGAAAACUUGACAAACAACCUCGUUCAGUGGUCUUCCGACAUGGCACGCACAGGAAACUGGCCCAGUAUACAGAGGACUAGCCCGGGAGGCUUCAACAUGUCAAUCGACGCCUUGACGAACUUCUUCGAGGCGAAUGGGACCUUGAUAAUGACUGUGAACGCGAUCGUGUUCCGACAGCCUGCAGACCAUCAAUAA